CAUGCCUGAGCCAGCUAAGUCAGCUCCGGCCCCUAAGAAGGGCUCCAAGAAGGCAGUGACUAAAGCCCAGAAGAAAGAUGGCAAGAAGCGAAAGCGCAGUCGCAAGGAGAGCUACUCUGUAUACGUGUACAAGGUGCUGAAGCAGGUCCAUCCCGACACCGGCAUCUCUUCCAAGGCCAUGGGCAUCAUGAAUUCAUUCGUUAACGACAUCUUUGAGCGAAUUGCGGGUGAGGCCUCCCGUUUGGCGCAUUACAAUAAGCGAUCGACCAUCACUUCCAGGGAGAUUCAGACCGCCGUACGCCUGCUGCUGCCCGGAGAAUUGGCCAAGCACGCGGUGUCCGAGGGUACCAAGGCAGUCACCAAGUAUACCAGCUCGAAAUCAGAAAAUGAGAAUUCGGAGAGGUAGAGUAAAUUGUCUGGAAUUGCAUAGUGUUAAAAUUGUCAGAAUCAAAAUGCAGUUACUAAUGUUUAGAAAACCCCAGCUGGAUAGCCUGGGGACAGAAGCAUAUGGAAG